CUAUAAAAGUGAUCGGUAAGAAAAAUAAAACGUAAUGACGUGUACAAACCGUACUCGGACACGAUUAUUUUUGUCGCCAACCUUUUGUUCUCGAAAGCUGCACCAACGGGGUGCGAAAGUGUUUGUUCAGAACGCGUCGGCUUAUCGCUGCUAAACGGACGGGCAUCCAUUUAUUACAUUUUUAUUUUUUCGCUAACAUCGAUUCAGCUAAAGAGUGUGAUGACUACGGAACAGAUUCCUCGUAACAGUUAUCACGACGUUUCAUAUAGCACACAAAGUAACAAUUAAUUAAUAACAGUUACCGGUUAUUGUUCCAUGAAAUGGCAAAGUAUGUGUCACGCUUACUUCUGCGCCGCCGAGACGUUCGAUAACAACGUCAUACACGUGAAUGCUAACGAGGAGCUGUGUACAUUGGUGAAUAUUUGCUGCGUAUUGAAAAAUGACUACGGAUCUAGGAAACCUUUCGUUGGAAUCCAAGGACGACAAUUGCGAAGACGAUGUGGUCGACCCGUGGAACGUGUGUUCCAAGUCUAAAACUGGCAUUGAUUACGAUAAACUCAUCAGUCGAUUUGGUAGUUCUAAAAUAGAUAAAAAGUUGAUAUCACGGAUUCAAUCUGUCACUAAAAAACCUAUACAUCAUUUUAUAACCAGAGGAAUAUUCUUUUCUCAUCGAGAUUUACACAGUAUUUUAGAUUUGUAUGAAAAAGGUAAACCUUUUUAUUUAUAUACAGGCAGAGGUCCUUCAUCGACUUCUUUACAUAUUGGACAUUUGGUACCAUUUAUAUUUACUAAAUGGUUACAAGAUGUAUUUAAUGUUCCUCUUGUAAUCCAGUUGACUGAUGAUGAAAAGUACCUGUGGAAAGACUUAAAAUUAGAAGAAGCCAAAAAGUUAUCAAUAGAAAAUGCUAAAGAUAUUAUUGCAUGUGGAUUUGACAGAAAAAACACAUUUAUAUUCUCAGAUUUUCAAUUUAUGGGAGAAUCUCCAUCUUUUUACGCUAAUGUUGUAAGGAUUCAGAAGAGUGUUACAUUUAAUCAAGUAAAAGGAAUUUUUGGAUUUGGUGAUAGUGAUGUAAUUGGAAAAAUUGCAUUUCCUGCUGUCCAAGCAGCUCCAUGCAUGUCAUCAACAUUUCCAUUUAUAUUUGGAGAAAAUAAAGUUCCUUGUUUAAUACCUUGUGCUAUAGAUCAGGAUCCAUAUUUUCGAAUGACAAGAGAUGUUGCCCCUAAGCUUGGCUGUCAUAAGCCUGCAUUAAUACAUUCAUCGUUUUUACCAUCUUUACAAGGUUCUGACUCUAAAAUGUCAGCAAGUGAUUUAAAUUCGGCUAUUUAUUUGACAGAUACUCCAAAACAAAUUAAGAAUAAAAUCAACAAAUAUGCAUUUUCUGGCGGUCAAGUAACUGUUGAAGAGCAUAGACUAAAAGGUGGUGACUGUAGUGUAGAUAUAUCAUAUCAGUAUUUAAAACAUUUUCUAGAAAGUGAUGAAGAUUUAAACAAAAUUGAAAGAAAUUAUACUUCUGGAAAAAUGUUAACUGGAGAGUUGAAAAAAAUAUUGAUUGAUCUUAUGACAUCUAUGAUUCAAGAACAUCAAUCCAACCGAAGUAAAAUUACAAAUGAAGAUGUCAAAGAAUUUAUGACUCCAAGGAAAUUGCUAUAAAAGUGCCUCAAUAAAUAAAAACUUAAAAUUUGAUUUAUUUUUCGUAGUUUCCCUUAUAAUAAUAUAUUGUACUGUAUUAUUAUCAUGGGCGCAAUUAAAGCUCUAAUAUUGGGGUUGUUAAAAAUAAAAUUCAACGGUAUUACUCUAUAAUUACUAUAUUUAUAUGUAUUUGAAAAAACAAGAGUACUGCAUUAAGCUCAGGGGUGUAAAAACCUUAUUGCGCCUAUGAUUAUUAUACUUCUAUUUCAUAUUUAAUUUAUAUGCACACAAAAAUAGUACCUAUUAGUCUAAAAAUAAUAAUAACUGAAAAGUAAAAAACAUGUAAAGCAUAGAAGUAAUGAUUAUACUUAAUCAACUAUGUUAUAUAUUAAGAACUGUUAUAAAA